UCGUACUUCAGGUUGAAUGUCAUCCACGAUUGUCACUUGUCACAACAACCGAACGCGCACUCAGCUGUUAUGAGUAUUGUUUAUGGUAAAAAUAAAUCGCGACAAAGACACAGAUACACAGUUUCAAUUAAACAAUGACCAGCGCAGACAAGCUUGAGGUCCUCCCAACAAAAGACGACUGGAUCCGGAUGUUGCAUAGCAAAGAAAUUAGCAGAUUGAGCAUGAACAAACUCAUUAUGAACUACCUUGUUACAGAGGGUUUCAAAGAAGCCGCUGAGAAAUUCCAACAAGAGUCCGGCGUGGGUCCAACUAUUGAACUCAAUUCCUUGGAUGACAGAAUCCGCAUUAGGGAUGCAAUUAUAAAUGGCAGAGUGCAGGAAGCAACUGCCUUCAUUAACCAAUUACACCCAGAACUCUUAGACAACGACCGCUAUCUUUAUUUUCAUCUACAGCAGCUGCAUUUGAUUGAAUUAAUUCGAAAUAAUCGCGUUGAGGAAGCUUUGUCCUUUGCACAGUCACAUCUGAGUGAAGCAGGUGAAGCUGAUCCUUCAGUUUUAGAAGAACUUGAACGCACUGUAGCUCUACUCGCGUUUGAAGAACCUUUGAAUAGUCCUUUUGGUGAUCUGUUGCAACCUGCGCAUAGACAAAAAAUUGCUAGCGAAGUAAACGCGGCGAUACUACGAAUGGAACAUCAGGAAUGUACCAUGCCGAAGAUUUCCACCCUGUUGAAACUAAUUUUAUGGUCGCAGUCUGAGCUGGAUAAGAAACACGCCAAAUAUCCGAAGAUGACUGAACUCUCGGCGCCGAAGAUCGAGAGUCCGAAAUAACAAACGGAUGAUGCUGUAUAUAUUAUGCUAGAGGAUUUUCACUCGGCUUAGGUUUUGUAAUAAUUGAUGCAUUUCGCAAUAUUUAUGCUGCAGCGUAAUGUAUUACUUUCAAAAUUAUGAGGGACUGCAAAAUCUUUUGUGUUUUUGAUAGUUUUGCUCGAAUUUUUAACUUGUAAUUUACAUAUUUUAUGAUAUAUCAUAACCAAACCACGUUUAGUACCAGUACCAAAUUAAUUGCAGAUGAUAGACUCUAAAAUAUAUGAAUAUGAAGCGUUGGAUUUCUUGCAACGCCAGGAAAUAACAAUUUCUACUCAAAAUUUUAAAAUUAUUCUCAAAUUUGUGUAUUUAUCAGAAUAUUUCUUUUUGUUUUGUUACAUUUUUUCAUUAAUAUUUAAUUAAGUUCUAUUUUCUGUUGUGUUCUGGCGAUGCAAGUAAUGUUUACUCUUUGAGAAUAUAAAUAUCGUUAUUCUAUUGUUAGCAUCACCGAAAUAGGAGUGUUAAAUGUGAGCAAGAAACGUAAUAAUCUUGAUCGUGAUAAGUAAAAGUAAGUGCAGAUUUAUUGAUGAUUUUACAUUUAUCAGUCAAGAGUCGAGAGAGUAAUGAUUUAGUUUGUGUAGUACAUACUGUGCGCAGUCAAUUUAGUAAACAACAUACAAAAGAGGUUGCAAUGUUUACUUUACUAUUUGUAGCAAAUACGAAAAGUUGGUUUGGCCACAUUUGGAAGUCUGAAUUGUAUUUUCACUAAUACUAUUGUAAUACUAAUGCUCUAUUAAUUAGUCAUUGGAUAUUUUCUUAAGGCAAGUUCGUAAAUACUACAUAUUAUGAGGAUGUAAUAUAAAGAUUAAGUGGGUAUGACAUGGAAAAUAAAAACUACAUACACACUACAAAA